AUGAGACCAACUGAUGACGAUUCCAAGGAGAAAAGUCUUCCUCGGAAAGCGUCGAUGAAAGUUGCUGAAGAUUUGCAAAGUAAGUUGUCGAGAGUUCGUCAUAAAGCCGAGAGCGAGGGCCAGGUGUGGACCAACAGUCCGAGGAAUAGGUAUGCUGAUAGUACCUUCUACGACAAGAUGCUGGAUCAGAGGGCUGAUGCACCUCGUGGGCCGAAUCGAUUCGUGGUUUACUAUGUUAUGGUGAUAUUUUCUUAG